CAGCUAAAAUAGAACUGACAAAAACAUAGCUAAUUUAUUUGGAAAUGGGCAAGAUUAGAGAAGAAACAAACCAGAGUUAUAGGCUGAAGACUAUGAAGCAAACCUCAAAUCCUGAUUUUCUUACUGAAGGCAAACUUUUACCUGAAGAAUUCACUCUUGUUGGAGAUACUCUUAUUAAGAAAUUAUUAGUACGGAGGGGAGAAGCAGACUCAAAACUGAAAAGAAAUCCUUUACUGUCAGAUGACAAACAGAUAUUAACAAAUUAUGGGAUCUCUUAUAAUUCUAGAGUUAGAGAUCUUUUUGAACAGGAAACUGAGGUUCAGGCUACUCCAAACGAAAAUGACUGGGUUCUUAUCAAUCUCACAGAAACUCAGAAAGAAGAAACACUCUAAGAAGAAGUAAAAAUAUGAAGUUGAAGAUAUCGAAGAUUUAUUAGAUUUUGAUUACUCAGAUGAAGAAAAAAUCUAAGGUUGUUCUGAUGGAGAAGAGAAUAAACAAAAAUGAAGAAGUAUCAUUAGGAACAUAUAAAAUCAGUAUUAAUUAUGAUAAAUAUUUUGCCACUCAAAGAAUAUGGUUUCAAGGAUACGAUUGAAACAAAUAGUCUCUUGGCAAAAGGAUGCUCUAAGAUUGACCCAGAGCGUUUUCAAAGAGUAAUAUCAUUAUAAAACCAUACUUACAUUGAUGGUCCAAAGGAAGUCACUUUUCAUCCUCGUAAGCAUCCGAAUAUGAUGGAAAAAGACUGUUGAUAUCAACAUAAGACAUAAUAAAGAACCAGCUGUAGAAUCUUAUUUGACUAUAUUUCUUUAUAUAUCUCCUGAAUCUUCCCUACAAUCAAGU